UACUUGGUUAAUAAAACCACUUGAGUCCUGGCAGCGCUGUGCCCUGGUUAUUAUGAACAGCAUGUAGCAGCCUAUCAGCUGUGUGGGAUGGGCAUGCAAAACGUGAACCCGCAUAAAUCGAGUCACUUCAUAGGAGUCUUACUGCACCAGUACUGCUUCAGUUACAGGGAAAUCUAGAGCACAAUUUAGCAAGAUGGCCCAUCCCUCUGAUGAAUACUUGGACCUCCUGGAGCCCCGACGGAGGCAGUAUGACAUUAGCUUUGCGCUCAAGCACACCGCCUCCCUACUGCCUGAGUACCAGUACGUCACGCACAUGUCCAAGGCUGAAAUCAGGACGAUGGUGCUCAAGUCUCGUAGAUUAAAACACACGGUGGAAGAGCUUGUUGCCAGCCAGAAUUGUGAAGAGAAAGAGGUGUUUGCAGAAGCUGAAACCAUCCUGGACGAGAUGGCACACAACUUCACAUUAAACAACAUACGGUUCUUGGCUUACCUUUUUUCCAAAGCAUUCAAGAGGCUGUACGGACACAUCUACGUCAACAAAUCCGGCCUUGAGAAGCUGCGGAAGAGUUACCGUGAUUCGCCCGUUGUGCUGCUGCCCACCCACCGCAGCUAUGUCGACUUCCUGCUGAUCUCUUACAUGAUGUUUGAGUACAACCUUCCGCUGCCUUACAUUGCUGCCGGUGCGGAUUUCAACAAUAUGAAAUUUGUCAAUACCAUUUUACGGUUUGCGGGAGCCUUUUACAUCCGACGGUCCUUUGGAUCCGACAAGCUGUACUGGGCGAUUUUCACCGAAUACGUUCAGAUAUUGGUCAUAAACGGUGAGGCCCCACUGGAGUUUUUCAUAGAGGGGACGAGAAGCAGAACAGGCAAAUUUCUGCCGCCGAAAAGAGGGCUGUUGCAGGUAGUGGUUGAGCCGUUCAUGAAGGGGCGCGUGCCGGACAUCAGCCUCAUCCCCAUCAGCAUCAGCUAUGACCGGAUCUUGGAGGAGACGUUACACAGCAGAGAGAUGCUGGGAAUUCCCAAGCCCAAGGAGUCCACGUCGGGUCUGUUCAAAGCCAGCUCUAUCUUCCAGGAGAAUUUCGGUAACAUCAUGGUACACCUGGGAGACCCUGUGUCCCUGAAACAGAUGUCCCUGAUCAGCGGGGUUGACAGGAGUGUCCAUAGCCUGGCACCAAGGUUCAUCUUCUCAAUGAAUGCCCAGGAGCAGCAGUUUGUCCAGGAGCUGUGCCUGAGCGUCCAGCUCAUGCAGCAGAGGCACAUGGCCGUCUCGCCUUGGGUGCUGAGCGCAACCCUGCUGGCGAUGAGCCCGGGGUACCAGACUAGCCUCCACAACAUGUACAGGGACAUGGAAUGGCUGAAAGGGGCAGCCGUCGGUCUGGGAACCAAGCUGAACUGGCCGGUCGGGAAGAUGGUGCAGUCUGUAUUUGAAGAGCAGCUUGCUGUCCACCGUGCCAUGGUUGUCGUAGAUGGGGACAACAUCAGGCUAAAUGCUCCGAGAAAAGUGGCAACUGCGGAAGAAGUCAUGACGGCUGCAACGGUGUACAUCAUGCUGGGGGCUUACCGGAACCAUCUCCUUCCCUCACUGGCCCAGCCCGCCCUCGUUUCUUUGGCCUUCUGUGGUCUCAGUGCUGCCACCAAAGAUGAGCUCUUAGCACAGUACCAGUUCCUGGUCACGCUUUUCAACAGAGAACUGACAUUCCACCCGAAGACGACCAUCGACGACUUUCAGAGCACUGUGCGGAGACUGCAGAGUUCCAGCGUCAUCUCGGUGACUGGCUUACAGUACAGUAUCACCUCAUCCGGCGAGCGGCUGAUUUCUUUCCUCUGCAGUCUCCUACACCCUUUCCUCCUGGGUUACUGGGUUGUCUGUCGUUAUUUGCUGAGCUGCCCAUGCUCGUUGGAUUCGGUGACUGAGCAGUCCCUUGCCAAGACGAUUCAGAAAGAGAUUGCAAGUCUUAUAGCAGCAGGUGACCUCAAGAUCUAUGACAUUCUGUCACUCAACCUCCUCUGCAACGCCAUCUUGUCCCUUGUCCAGCUUGGAGGAAUCAAGAGAUCAAAGAGUGGCUGGAUGCUGAUUGAAGUCGAGAUUAGCAAAACUGCCGAUAAAAUCAGCGAGUACAUUGAACUGCCGGCAAGCCUGCUCACUAAGCUGUUUGCAAAGAAGCUGGCUGGUCCCGCCGCUAAGCUGUAGACAUCUCAGAGGCAAGGGCCGAGUACCAGCUGCACAACUUGCAGGGUCAUCAGCUGAGUGUGCAUAAGAAAAAGCCAGAGGCAAGUCACGCUUGAGUGCCUAUCUACCAUCAAUUAAUUUCUACUUUGCAAGUGUUUACCACUCUGCAUGUUUAUCUAAUUGUGAAGUCCAGCUUGACCGUGGAUCCAUCCCGUGGUACUAUGUAUCCAUUUUCGGUGGACAUUUUAUCUCGGUACAGAUUUUAUUUUGGUUAUGAAGAAAAAUAAGAAUGUUGGGGCAUGCACCACCAAGUCGGAUUUCCGCCAGUCACAGCUUGUUAAUUUAUACCAAGUUGGAUGGGGUUGGUCGAGGAUAAAGAAAGAAAACUCCUGUACACUCAGUACUAUAUUUGCUAAUUCAUUUACCUCCAAAAGACAGAAAAACAAGGAGCGGGAGUGAAUUUUGACGUGCCCAAUGAUUUUGGAAUAACUGUUGUGAACUGUGUCAACAAAUAAGCAAAUCCAGUCAAAUAUCAUUAAUAAGAGGUCCUUUGGACUUGGCAAAUUUACCUUGUUAAAACAGGAACCUCGUAUUAUCAGGAAUGAAUAUAGAGAAAAACAAAGGAUUGGAACCUAAAGAUUUCUUUGCAAUCUUCUAUUAACAGUGGUCCCACUGUAUUAACAGUGCUCGUAUUAACGAGGUUCGACUGUACAUGAUUUUUGAUACUGGUUAAUGUGCACAUCUUCACUUUAAUUUUUUGUAGGCUACCAAGUUUGUUUGUUUUUUACACAAUUAGAAUACAAUUCAAAAUUUUGCUCUGGAGACUGCAACUCAAAAUGCUGAGAAUGAAAUGUCUAAUUUAAUCGUGACCUCUAUCUAUGGUGCAAAGACAGGUUUUUCUAACAAUGUAUAUUUUUGGACUAAUUUUUAGUAAUAAAAUAUAAAAGAAGUCAUGUUAUCUAUUAUAAAAAAAUUGAAUGAUGAUAGAAAAUAUCUUAUCAAGUUCAUUGUUAUUCUAUGAAAAUUUAAAUAUUUGCUUGCAAAAUGCCUCAAUGAAUCAAACUCAUAGUUUAUGAUGCUAGUUCAAAAAUAGUGAUCUAUUAUGUUUUGUGAAGUGUUGUUUUAAAUAUAAUUAUCUGCAUCAAAUUACUGCUGAGAGAAGUAAGUUUUUUUCUUCUUUUUUUGGACAAAACAUGUGAAUGAAAGCUAAUAUUGCCAGGGCGUCUUAUUGGGGCAUUCUCGCUAAGCCAUGUGGCCCAACUUGUAUCCAAUAUUAUAGGCGGAUUUAGUGCUAAUCACUAUGGACAGUGUUUAGUUACAUGUAGUGGGCAUUGUGGGCAAGCCCUCAAAGCCUUAGGAUUGGCAAAAUUAAUAAUGACUAGCGUGCAUGGCACAUGUGGUGGUUAUUAUGCCAUUUGAUAUAAAAUUCACAGAUAUCUUUGGUGAAAAUAAGUUUCACUGUCAAGUUUACAGUGGGUGAUGAAUUUUUGCUGACUGAAUGCCUGCUUUCUGCCAUGGUGACCAAUCUCACGAAAGUGGUGUGGUAUCGUGGUGCUUUGACAUCUCUUGAUCAGACCCCAUUUUGGGUUGAGCCCAAUUGACGUGGUCUAACAGUAGCUUUUCUAAAGUGUGACUGACUUGAACAGAUCCUGGUAGCACUGACAGUCACAAACGCUUCAAGAGUUGUUUUGGGCCGGCCGAUGAGGGGAAGGCCAUCGAUGAAAGCAACACGCAUUGGCAACCUUUUCACAACUAUAUAGGUACGAAUCCUAGAUGGUUUCUUAGAUCAAGUCCAAUUAUUAGAAGGCAUUUGAUGAGCUAAGAAGGGCUACUAGAUAGCAACAAAUCUGGUUACUCUGUUAUCAAUCUCUGAAGUGGAAUAAUGUCCAUUACAUGUAUUAAAACUAUAAACGAUCUUGCCACAUAAACGAUUAUGAUAAAAAUUGGGCUCUUGACUUGCAUACCUAGCAUUUACCUGCCAUGAAACGGGCAGAACACUGGCCUGCCUCAAAAGAUCUUGUGAAGUGUAAGGCACAUUUGAAGCAAGAUAUGGGACGGAGAGAACCCCCCCCGCCUUUGUGUUGGUCAUUGUUUGAUUGGAAUCU